AUGUUGUUUUCGAUGCUUGCCUCCCUGCUGGUUUUACUCACGGUACAGAUGACACAGUGCCAAGGCGAUGUCUGUGACCCCAGCGAGAUGGAAAAGUAUUUCGAGGAGACUCCGGAUGCUUGGAAGCUUGUUCGAAAAGUUCGUAGCCCAUUUUACCUUGUCUAUCACUCACAAAACCCCGGUUUUGACAAAAAUCAUAAUUGUUUGAUGGCAGCAAGAUCGAAAACUACCGCCAGCAGCAAAUCGGCAAAGUACGCCUUCUAUUACCUAACUUCAAAGUCAAUUGAAGUAGUUGGAUCGGUGAAUGUAAAAGCUCAGAAGUCGGACCCUGCAUACGAAAAUGAAAAUAUGUUCGUUGUGGAAAAUAUCCCGGGAAGAAAAAGCGGCCAACAGAGGUACCAGUUGCUUUUUUCAGAUUACAAAUUUUGCGCUGUUCUGAAGUCGACAUUGCUAGGAGUCCAAGUUUGGGUGACAAAAGGUUACCUGGAAAUACGCAACGACGUGCCAUAUUCGUGUUCCUUGAUUUAUGAUUUGGCGGCCGACCAGAACAAAACCCUUUCGUUCGACUGGAGAAAAUGUGGGGUUUUUAAGCGUACCGAGCUCUAG